AUGGAUUUGGAAACUGAGAAUCGAAUAGCUUCGAUUUUGUUAAGAGAAGCAGCAGAAUUGAGGAGACAAGCUGAGAAAGAAGGAGUCCGAGCUUAUCUUGAGAAGCCUAAUGUAAGGCAUCGACCUAACUCUAGGUUUCUCACUGCUAUUGUUCUUGGUGUUCAGCAAGCAAACAAAGCUGUAGAAACCGAUGAGAUGUGGAGGCUUCGACGCGCAUAG